CUCUCCUUCUCUCUCUUUCAAUUCCCUCAUUCAAUUAUUUUCUCUGAUCCCAAAACACCCAAAUCUUAAAAACCCAAUUUCUUAAUCAAAACCCAAUUGCGGUCACUUUCCGAUGGACUCGGUCGGCAAGAGCGCCGGAGCGGUGACUCCGAUCAGAGACCAACACGGCUCCCGAUCCAAGAAGCAAGAAAACUCCAGAUACUCCGAGAAUCUGAACCCCAACGUCUCUCCCGGCCCGAAAUCGGCCAAGUCCCAGAAAUCGGGUUCCAAGAACCCGAACCCGGUUUUCCAGUCGCCCCGGAAGAAGAUCCGGGAGAGGAAAUUCGUGGUGGCGAAGAAGAGAGGGAAGAAGGAGGAGAAUCCGAAUCCGAAUUCGAAUUCGAACACCGAGUGCAGCAAAUGCAAAGAGAAAGGCGGCGAUUCGAAGAAGAAGUGUCUGUGUGUGGCUUACGAGAAUCUGAGGGCUUCUCAGGAGGAGUUCUUCAAGACCCGACCCGAACCCGAAAACGGGUCGAAGGAGUCCGACGGGGCUGAUGAUCGGGAACUCGAGGAGGCCUUGCUGAUUCAGGACCAGGACUUCGACGAUCGCGACCCGGGCGAGCCCGACCCGACUGACGAAACGGGUACGAUUAAGAGGAGGAGGGCGAGGCUGUUGGAGGAGGCGAGGAAGAGCGUGCCGGCGCGUGGGAAGGUGAUGCACUUGGUUCAGGCGUUUGAGAAGCUGCUCACGAUUCCCAAGGAAGGAGACGAAGCAGAGGAAGAAGAGAGUGGUAAGAAGGCUACGAAGUGGGCCUUGCCUGGGCUGCAACCGCCGGAGGCCCAUGAGUCGUCGUCGUCGUCGUUUUGCCGGUCGGAUUUGUUUCUGACGUCGGAGAAUCUCGGGCUGGAUCGCCGGCCGUCGUUGUCGUCGUCUUGGGAUGGAAGCAUUUCGAACAGGACAUCGAAUGGGGGGAGGAGAAGCCGAAGAAAUAGCUCGGAGUCGUCUGGCACGAUUGGAGGAAGUAGAUGGAAAAAGAAGCAGCAGCUCAGAGCAACUAGCCUUAAACCAUUCAAGCUCAGGACAGAGGAAAGGGGGAGAAUGAAGGGAGAAGAGUUCAUGAAGAAGGUACAGGAGAUGAUGAUACAGGAGGAGAGGCAGCGGAUACCGAUUGCUCAGGGCCUGCCAUGGACAACAGAUGAACCAGAGUGCUUAAUAAAACCUCCUGUAAAAGAGAGCACAAGACCAACAGACCUGAAGCUCCACACUGACAUGCGGGCAGUAGAGCGUGCUGAGUUUGACCAUCAGGUGGCAGAGAAGCUGAGCCUGUUUGAGCAAUACAAGAUGGAAAGAGAGAGACUGCAGAAGUUGGCAGAAGAGGAAGAAGUAAGAAGGCUGAGAAAGGAGCUUGUUCCAAAAGCACAGCCAAUGCCCUACUUUGACAGGCCUUUCAUUCCCAGAAGGUCAAUGAAGCAUCCAACUAUACCCAAAGACCCAAAGUUCCAUAUCCCUCAACAUAAGAAGAUCAAGUGCUGCUUGUCAUGGAAUGAUGAUAUGAGCUCCUACUCUUAUCAAAGUGAAGCUUGAAGAAGACAAGAAACUUGCCUUAUUUGUUUGUCACAGCCAUGUUUAUUCCCCCGUUAUGAAUAAUUGAUCCCUUCUAUUUUGUUGCCAAAUUGGUUUCUUUCUGAUCCAUGUACAUGAAUGAAGCAUAGCAGCAACCAGUUACGUUGCAAUUUUUGGUUCCA